AUGGAAUCUCCAUUCAAGGCCCCAGUGCCGCAACCGGCCGAUGCGAGCAACUCAAUUGUCAUCCAGCAGUUCGCCAGGUACCCGCCUGUCUUUGAGACGCCUAUGCGCAGUGACUCCCCAGGAAGUACGACAAGCAGGCUUGCUGCAUCUCAGUCUCCGCCAUUGCGACGCAAAGAGACUCCGCGCAGCUUACAGUCAUCGCCUAGAGGGCCCUUGUCCGGUGGAGUCAUGCCGCCCUCCGGACUGCGUACAGGCAUUUCCAUGUCACCACCAAUGACUGAUUUGGCCUCUCGCCAGACGUUUCCAAGAGACUCCGAGGGCGAGGGAGACGCCGACCAUCGGGUUCUACCUUCACGGGAGGUUACGGAUGAAUCCAUCGAUGACGCCUAUGUGGCAUUCAUUAUGUAUUGCAAUCCUAACGUGCCGGCCUCUACUGAUUCCAGUGAAUUGCGAAAGACCUUCCGAGUGCCACCUCGCAGUGACGGGAAGAACUUUAGCAUAUACGUUCUGUGGGAACUAAUUCGAAAGUUCGACCGCAAGGAAAUCAAAACGUGGAUUCAAUUAGCGAUUGAGUUGGGCGUUGAGCCUCCUUCUAUUGAGAAGAAGCAGAGCACUCAAAAGGUGCAGCAGUAUGCUGUCCGGUUAAAGCGUUGGAUGCGUGCAAUGCAUGUGGACGCGUUCUUUGAAUAUCUCCUUGGACAUGAUCAUGACUACUAUAAACAACUCCCUUUAUCAAAUGCUCCCGCUAGUGAGGACCGUGAUGGCGUUCCCUUAGAAGAAGACUUGGCGUUGAGGGCACUGGUACCAGAAUGGAAGCCGAAACGAGGCAGAAAACGCGCCGAAGAUAAGGAGAAAGAAGACUCUCGCUUUACGAAACGGCCUCAACUGGAUACGUCUAUGGCGAUCUUGGAUAACAACACGUUGGCGGCUCAUGCGGCUAACUUUCCUCAAAGUGCCAUCCCAUUUAGCGCUUUUCCAGAUGACAUGGACGCACCUAAUGAUCCGUGGGUGGCUACUGCGUCCACAUUUGGGACUGAUCAGAAUUCAGAAACCAUCUCUGGUCAAGAUCUUCGUUGGCGACCCUUCGAAGGAGAUGGGUCUCCUCCGGGGUUUCCUCGAUCCGCGAUUAUACCCAGGAAUCACCAGAAUGAACCGUCGUCUGUCGUGGAGCCGCGUUCUGCAUUGACACCUUCCACCGGGGAGAAGUCUCGUAGCAGAAGACGCCACGGCCCAGCUGUUUCUUCUGCAUGGCCUAACACGUCAGGAUCGAUGACGGGCAAAAUACGAGGUCGCCCACCAAACCGUGGGUCUGCUCCUGGCGGUCCAUUCUCAUCAUUUCCAGUCAAUCCUGCGCGAUCAAAUACGCCCGGUGAUGGUCCUGGUCUGCAAUCUUCGCCCGCUAUUGGAUUGGAACAUCUACCACUGGCACCACCGCGCAACUCAAUGUCGAAUUCUGUCAGUCAAAUAAACACCAAACCCGAUAAAUUACAGUUGCAUGUUCCACAAAUCAACGGUCGACCGGUUCGCUUAGCCACGCCGCCAACUGUAGUGCUCAAUGGCAUUAAUGACGUCUCUAAUAACUUCAAUUCAUUCCCAGGACGCCGUGACUCUGUCGCUACAUCCAUUGAUGCUGAUGACGUCGCGUCUCUACCAUCUGUAGCAACAGAGCGAACAGCGCAACCCGGGAAAGUCUCUAUCAACGAUGUCACCCGUGCGGUUGCCAAUAAGAUCUUGCGGUCUAAAUUGAUUGGCCGAACUAUACCUAUUGGUGCGGACGAAGCUCGUUCUCUUGCACAAGCAGCAGUGCAGAGACUUGGCAAUAUAUACGGCAUGCUUCCGAUGGAUUCAGUUGCCAUGUUCUGUGCUUUGUAUUUCGGCGUUGCCCAAAAACUAGGCCUGGCUCGUGCAUCUCCAGCGACGCUCACUGUCCAAGUAUCAGCGUCAACCUCGAACGGGUCUGAUUCAUAUGCCGUCUAUUCCAUAUUCAUAGAAGACGAUCAACCGGGUCAGGGGUUUAGAUUCAACACCACUCUAAGCGGGUUGACGUUGUCACUGAAUCGCGCAGACUCCACUUUCAAAAACAAUCUGGAAUCGACAGGAUUUCAGACGGAUGAAGAUGAAUUUGAAAAUGACGAUUUUGUUGGUGGGGGUUCAACUGAUGAAGGCAGCUGGAAACAGCGAUAUAUGCGCCUACGACAGCAGAUGCGUCGCAAAGAGGCUGCUAUACGAGAAUACAAGAAAAACAUCUUGCAAUCUGUGAUGGCUGAUCUAUAG